CCAUCAACUCCCCGCCCCUCCCUCCUUUUUUAAACAUGGCGGCCGUGUCUACUCUCCCAACUAACGUCCAGCCGCCUGCAAAGUGACGCGGCCUCAUUCGGCCUCGCUCGGCCGCCGGUCAGUUGUCCUCCUCCGCCUCUCGGAUGCGAACGUCGACCGCCUCCUCGCCGACGCCGUCCCGCCGACAAGAAGCUCCGAGCCCCGGCCGGCCUACCGACCGCUGUAGCCUCCGCGGAGGGGCCCUUAUUCUUCUUCUUCUUCUCCUCCUCUUUGGAGCCCAAGCAGCAACGGGCAGUCUGGAAGUCAACCCCCCAGCCAGGCAGCCACCUUCCCCCGUCCGGAGCGAUGGUUUGACACGGAGCACUCGGGCCGUCCUCUGCGCCAACGAUGUGUGAAAACUGCGCCGAGCUGGUGGAGGUUCUGAACGAAAUUUCCGACGCAGACGACAGCGAGGGCGGCUUCCAGCUGAAGAAGGAACAUGCGCUGCGAGUGUUGGCUCACAUUAGCUCAUGGACGCAGAGACAAUGUCUGUGCUGCUUCAAGGAGUACAAGCAUCUGGAGGUCUUCAACCAGCUGGUGUACGCGCUCAUCAACCUGGUGGUCGGACAGAUCAGCGGCCUCAGGGACCGCCUGUGCCGCCUGUGCCGCCUCGGACCCCCCGAGGGGGAGGCAGCAGUGGCGGCCGAUAGCAAACAUCACGACGAUGACCGGGCUCCGUUCGAGCCCCCCCACCGGCCGGCUUCGCCCGGGGAGGACGAGCCCGUCAACGUGGAGCGGGACUCGGCGGAAGAGGAAGCCGAGUCUCCUGACUGCGGACUGAACCGGAAGCAGACUGAGACCCAGAUGCAAGCGGGGCCCAAGGAGGGGGGCGGGUCAGGAGGUGCUCACGACACCCAUGACGCGUUCAGCUUGUGGAACACGGAAGAGCGAGAGAAGCUGCUGCUAUGCGCCGCAAAGAUCUUCCAGAUCCAGUUCCCUCUCUACACAGCCUACAAACACAAUACGCACCCCACCAUUGAGGAUAUAUCUGCUCAUGAGAGCAGCAUCCUGGGCUCCUUCUGCGACAUGAAUGACGUGGAGGUUCCAUUGCACCUUCUGCGCUACGUUUGUCUCUUCUGCGGCAAGCACGGCCUGUCUCUGAUGAAGGAAUGUUUCCAGGCCGCCACGCCUGACAGCCUCCCCUUCCCCAUCGCGCACGCCUUCAUUACCAUUGUGUCCAACAUACGAAUAUGGCUUCACAUUCCCGCCGUUAUGCAGCACAUCAUCCCUUUCCGCUCGUAUGUCAUACGGUACCUCUGCAAGCUGUCCGACCAGGAGCUGCGUCAGAGCACGGCGCGCAACAUGGCCGACCUGAUGUGGAGCACGGUGAAGGAGCCACUGGACAGUGCACUUUGCUUUGACAAGGAGAGCCUGGACCUGGCCUUCAAGUACUUCAUGUCCCCCACCCUCACCAUGCGGCUGGCUGGACUCAGCCAGAUCACCAACCAGCUGCACACUUUUAACGACGUGUGCAACAACGAGUCUCUUGUAUCCGACACAGAAACGUCCAUAGCCAAGGAUCUGGCCGACUGGUUGAUCCACAACAACGUGGUAGAGCACCUUUUUGGACCUAAUUUGCACAUUGAGAUCAUUAAACAGUGCCAAGUGAUCCUUAACUUCUUGGCUGCGGAGGGCCGCCUCAGCACGCAGCAUGUGGACUGCAUUUGGGCUGCGGCUCAGCUGAAGCACUGCAGCCGCUACAUCCACGACCUUUUCCCUUCCCUCAUCAAGAACUUGGACCCAGUGCCCCUCCGUCACGUCCUCAACUUGGUCUCAAGCCUGCACCCCAGCGCGCACACCGAGCAGACGCUCUACUUGGCCUCCAUGCUUAUCAAGGCCCUGUGGAACAACGCCCUGGCCGCCAAGGCCCAGCUGUCCAAGCAAAGCUCCUUCGCCUCACUGCUCAACACCAACAUGGCCAUGGGCAACAAGAAGGGCUCUUCGGCUGCCAGUCCCGACAGCAGCGACACGCAGCACAGCGCCGGCAGCGACAUUGACGAGCAGAUGAUGGCGGGAAGCAAGCGCGGACAGCAGAGGCUUUCUGACACUGAGGAGUCAAUGCAGGGCAGCUCUGACGAGACGGCCAACAGCGCCGAGGAAUGCAGCAGCGGGCCAGGCAGCACCAGCGGCCACAGUGAUGCCUCUAGCAACGAGGCUGCCUCCAGCAGAGCCAGCCAAUCGGCUGGCAGCCCCGCGAGCGAGGUCCACUCUGACGACAUGGCUGACAGCGAGGCCCUGAAGGAGGAGGAUGAUGACGAGGAAGAAGAGGAGGAAGACGAGGAGGAGGAUGACGACGAGGACGAAGAAGAGGACGAGGAAGAAGAGGUGCCUGCUGAUGGUGGGUCGCAGAAGGAUGAGAAGGACCCCCGGGAACAAGUAGAGUCACGGAAGAGGAAGGCGGGUGAGGCUCUGAGCGAUGGCGCCAAACCCAAGGUUCUCCCCUUCAGCCCAGAGACGUCCGCCAUCAUGGCUGCCACCGCCGCGUCCACCUCCCUGGAGAGCCGCAUGAGGAUGAUGGACACGUGUGUGGCAUCCUCGUCCGCACAGGUGCCCCAGACGCCCGACAUCGGCUCCUGCCAGGUGGGGCAGGUGCCCCAGGAGCCACCCUGCGUGGCCCGGCCCGCCGACUUCCUGGGCGAGGCAAUGGGCGGCGAGAUCUUUAACUGCCGUCGCUUCAUUGGCCCCCAGCACCACCACCACCACCAUCAUCACCACCACCAUCACGAAGGGCCGAUGGUGGAGGACAUGCUGAGUGCUGACGAUGUGAGCUGCAGCAGCUCGCAGGUCAGUGCCAAGUCGGAGAAGAACAUGGCUGACUUUGACGGUGAGGAAUCGGGCUGUGAGGAGGAACUAGUCCACAUAAACUCGCACGCUGAGCUCAGCUCACACCUGCAGCAGCACCUCCCCAACCUGGCAUCAAUCUACCACGAGCACCUGGUGCAAGGUCCAGCCGUGCAUAAGCAUCAGUACUCGGGCGGCCAUGCAGUGACCGAUGUCAACCUGGACAAUGUCUGCAAAAAAGGAAACACGCUGCUGUGGGACCUGGUGCAGGACGAUGACGCGAUCCACCUGUCCGAGGGUCUGAUCAACGAGGCCGAGAAACUGCUGUGCUCGCUGGUUUGCUGGUUUACCGACCGGCAGAUCCGCAUGCGCUUCAUCGAGGGCUGCCUGGACAACCUGGCACACCACCGGUCUGUUGUGGUCUCCUUGAGACUCCUCCCCAAGCUCUUUGGCACUUUCCAGCAGUUUGGAUCCAGUUACGACACUCACUGGAUCACCAUGUGGGCUGAGAAGGAGCUGCACAUGAUGAGGCUAUUCUUUGACAACCUCCAACACUACAUCCAAGAGGUCCGACAGCACCGCCACACGUUUACACUGUACAGUCACAGUGCAGAGGUCCAGGUGCGCCUGCAGUUCCUCACGUGUGUCUUCUCCACGCUUGGAUCCCCGGACCACUUCAGACUGAGUCUGGAGCAGGUGGACAUCCUCUGGCACUGCCUGGUAGAGGACGCCGAGUGCUACGAUGAUGCCCUGCACUGGUUCCUCAAUCAGGUGCGCAGCAAGGACCAGCACGCCAUGGGCAUGGAAACGUAUAAGCACCUCUUCCUGGAGAAGAUGCCUCAGCUGAAGCCCGAGACCAUCAGCAUGACUGGCCUGAACCUGUUCCAGCACCUUUGCAACCUUGCCCGGUUGGCCACCAGCACGCUGGACAACGCCGCCAGCUGCGAGCUAUGCGGGAUGGACCAGCUGUGGGGGAUUGCCCUCCGAGCUCAGUCGGCCGACAUCAGCCGCGCCGCCAUCCAGUACAUCAAUUCUUACUACAUCAACGCGGGUAAAACGGGCCUGGAGAAGGAGCAGGAGUUCAUCCGAAAGUGUAUGGAGAGUCUCCUGAUGGCGUCGGCCAACCUGGAGAAGGACGCACACUCGGGCCUGACCAGCAUAGAGAGAGGCCUGCUCAUGCUCAAGACGCACCUGGAGGCCUUCAGGCGCAGGUUUGCCUACCACCUGCGCCAGUGGCAGAUCGAGGGCACAGGAAUUAGCAGCCACCUGAAGGCGCUCAGUGACAAACAGUCGCUACCGCUCAGGAUCGUUUGUCAGCCCGCUGGACUGCCAGACAAGAUGACCAUCGAGAUGUACCCUAGUGACCAGGUGGCGGACCUGCGCGCCGAGGUGACCCACUGGUACGAAAACCUGCAGAAGGAGCAGAUGAACCAGCAGGCGCAGCUGCAGGAAUUCGGCCAGUGUGGCCGGCAGCCAGGGGAAUUCUCAGGGGGUCUGAUGGGACCCGUCCGGAUGAUCUCUUCGGGACACGAACUCACAACAGACUACGACGAGAAGACGCUUCAUGAGCUGGGCUUCAAGGACAUGCAGAUGGUGUUUGUGUCUCUGGGAGCACCUCGUCGCGAGCGUAAAGGCGAGGGCGUGCAGCUGCCGGCGUCAUGCCUUCCUCCCCCACAGAAGGAGCACAUCCCCAUGCUGCUGCUGUUACAGGAGCCUCACCUCACGACACUCUUCGACCUGCUGGAGAUGCUGGCCUGCUUCAAGGCGCCCAGUCCCUCCACAGAGAAGCUCCACGACAGUCUGGAGAUGGCACGGUCCGAGGAACUGCACCUCCACGCCGAGAACCUUUCCCGCCGUGUGUGGGAACUUCUUAUGCUGCUACCCACCUGUCCCAAGAUGCUGCAGGCCUUCCAGAACAUCUCUGACGACAACACGAAUGAAGGUCUGUGCUGGAAGGAGCUGCUGAGGAUCAAAAGUGCCCACAAGCUGCUCUACGCUCUUGAGAUCAUCGAAGCACUGGGAAAACCAAACCGACGCAUCCACAGAGAGUCCACUGGCAGCUACAGUGACUUGUACCCGGACUCUGACGACUCUAGCGAGGACCAGAUCGAGAACAGCAAAAACUCGUGGAGCUGCAAGUUUGUUUCAUCUGGAGGCCUGCAGCAGCUCCUGGAGAUCUUCAACUCUGGCAUCCUAGAGCCCAAAGAUCAGGAAUCCUGGACUGUGUGGCUGCUGGACUGCCUGGCCUGCCUGCUGAAGCUCAUCUGCCAGUUUGCCGUGGACCCCGCCGACCUGGACCUGGCUUACCACGACGUCUUCUCCUGGUCCGGCCUCGUCGACGGGCAACGCAAGCGAGCCUGGCCCGGGAAGUCGCGCAAGUCCGCCGUGGAGCAUGGAAAAAGUCUGCACAUCCCCAGACUCACGGAGGUGUUCCUCAGUCUGGUCCAAGGAACCAACCUGAUCGAACGUCUCAUCAACGUAGCCUACACCUACGACAAUUUAGCGCACAGAGUUCUGAAGGCCCAGUCGGAUCACAGGUCUCGACAUGAAGUGACACACUACUCCAUGUGGCUGCUGGUGAGCUGGGCCCACUGCUCGUCGUCCGUCAAAUCCAGCCUGGCCGACAGCGAGCGUCUGCACGACUGGCUCAGGAAACUUACCCUGCUGGUGCCGGAGCCAGCGGUGCGUCACGAGGCAUGCAAUGGCCUCUACAAGCUGUCCCUGUCGGGCCUGGAGGGCGGAGAGUCCAUCAAUAGAUCUUUUCUGCUGCUCGCCGCAUCCACGCUGCUCAAGUUCCUGCCCGACGCGCAAGCUGUGAAACCUCUGCGGAUGGAGGACUACGAGGAGGAGCCCCUCCUAAGAAGUGGGUGCAAAGAAUACUUUUGGCUGCUGUGUAAGCUCAUCGACAACAUCCACGUCAAAGACGCCAGUCAGACCACCCUGCUGGACCUGGACGCCUUAGCGCGACACCUGGCGGACUGCAUACGAAGCCGUGAGAUGUUGGACCAGCAGGAUGGAAGCAUUGAGGACGACGGCCUGACGGGUUUGCUGCGCCUGGCCACCAGUGUCCUCAAGCACAAGCCCCCGUUCAAGUUCUCGCGCGAGGGCCAGGACUUCCUCCGCGACGUGCACAACCUCCUCUUCUUGCUGCCCAGCCUGGCUGACCGGGCGCAGCCCAAGUGCAAGUCGCACGCCGCCCGUGCUGCCGCCUACGACCUCCUGGUGGAGACGGUCAAAGGCUCUGCGGACAACUACCGCCUGCUGCACAACUGGGUCAUGUCACAGCACAUGCAGGCCUCUCACGCUCCAUACAAGUGGGACUACUGGCCUCACGACGACGUGCGUGCAGAGUGUCGCUUCGUGGGCCUCACCAAUCUGGGCGCCACCUGCUACCUGGCAUCUACCAUUCAGCAGCUCUACAUGAUCCCUGAGGCCCGCCAGGCCAUCUUCACAGCCAAGUAUGCUGAGGAUAUCAAACACAAGACGACGCUGCUGGAGCUGCAGAAAAUGUUUACGUACCUGAUGGAGAGCGAGAGGAAGGCGUACAACCCGCGACCAUUCUGUAAGACGUACACAAUGGACAAACAGCCGCUCAACACGGGAGAGCAGAAGGACAUGACUGAGUUUUUCACCGACCUCAUCACCAAGAUCGAGGAGAUGUCACAUGAGCUGAAGAACACGGUGAAGACUUUGUUUGGAGGCGUCAUCACCAACAACGUUGUUUCUCUGGACUGCGACCAUGUGAGUCAGACUGCUGAGGAGUUCUACACGGUCAGGUGUCAAGUGGCCGACAUGAAGAACAUCUACGAGUCUCUGGACGAGGUGACCAUCAAGGACACACUGGAGGGGGACAACAUGUACACCUGCUCACACUGCGGGAAGAAGGUCCGCGCAGAGAAAAGGGCCUGUUUCAAGAAGCUUCCCGGCAUCCUGAGUUUCAACACCAUGCGCUAUACUUUCAACAUGGUCACCAUGAUGAAGGAGAAGGUCAACACACAUUUCUCCUUCCCACUGCGCCUCGACAUGACGCCCUACACCGAGCACUUCCUCAUGGCCAAAGGAGAGCGCAAAGAGGGCGAGUCCAAGACAUCUGAAAGUUCCGAAUACGACUUAAUCGGUGUGACAGUGCACACUGGCACGGCGGACGGUGGCCAUUACUACAGCUUCAUACGAGACAUCGUCAACCCUCACGCUUACAAGAAUAACAAGUGGUACUUGUUCAACGACGCCGAGGUGAAGCCCUUCGACUCUGCACAGCUGGCAUCAGAGUGCUUCGGCGGAGAGAUGACGACCAAAACGUAUGACUCAGUAACUGACAAGUUCAUGGACUUCUCCUUUGAGAAGACACACAGCGCCUAUAUGUUGUUCUACAAGCGUGUAGAGCUUCAGGAGGACAAUGCCAAGGACUUCACGUUUGACGUUUCUCCAGAUCUGCUGGAGUGGAUCUGGCACGACAACAUGCAGUUCCUCCAGGACAAGAACAUAUUUGAGCAUACCUACUUUGGUUUCAUGUGGCAUCUUUGCAGCAGCAUUCCCAGCACGCUGCCCGACCCCAAAGCCAUCUCCCUCAUGACAGCCAAGCUCAGUACGUCAUUUGUCCUGGAGACCUUCAUUCAUUCUAAGGAAAAGCCCACCAUGCUGCAGUGGAUUGAACUUCUCACCAAACAGUUCAACAACAGCCAGGCGGCCUGCGAGUGGUUUUUGGACAGGAUGGCAGAUGACAACUGGUGGCCCAUGCAGAUCCUCAUCAAGUGUCCCAAUCAGAUUGUCAGACAGAUGUUCCAGAGGUUGUGUAUACACGUCAUCCAGAGGCUGCGUCCGGUCCAUGCUCACCUCUACCUGCAGCCGGGCAUGGAAGACGGGUCAGACGACAUGGACGGGUCGGUGGAGGACAUCGGGAGCCGCUCUUGCGUGACUCGCUUUGUGAAGACGCUGCUGUCCAUCAUGGAGCAUGGCGUCAAGCCUCACAGCAAGCACCUUACUGAGUACUUUGCCUUCCUCUACGAGUUCGCCAAGAUGGGAGAGGAGGAGAGUCAAUUCCUGCUGUCACUCCAAGCCAUCUCCAUUAUGGUGCACUUCUACAUGGGAACCAAAGGACCAGAGAACCCGCAGGUAGAGGUUCUGUCUGAGGAGGAGGGUGAGGAGGAGGACGAGGAGGAAGACAUCUUGUCCCUGGCCGAGGAGAAAUAUCGUCCGGCCGCUCUGGAGAAGAUGGUCGCCCUCAUUGCCCUCCUGGUGGAGCAGUCGCGCACGGAGAGACACCUAACGCUGUCCCAGAGCGACAUGGCGGCGCUUACGGGCGGCAAAGGUUUCCCAUUCCUCUUCCAGCACAUCCGAGAUGGCAUCAACAUUCGGCAGACGUGCAACCUCAUCUUCAGCCUCUGUCGCUACAACAACCGCCUGGCCGAGCAUAUCGUUUCCAUGCUCUUCACCUCCAUCGCCAAGCUGACGCCUGAGGCUGCUAAUCCUUUCUUCAAGCUGCUCACCAUGCUGAUGGAGUUUGCGGGCGGCCCCCCGGGGAUGCCCUCCUUCGCCUCAUACAUCCUGCAGAGGAUCUGGGAGGUAAUCGAGUACAACCCGACUCAGUGUUUGGACUGGCUCGCGGUGCAGACUCCUCGGAACAAGCUGGCCCACAGCUGGGUUUUGCAGAACAUGGAGAACUGGGUGGAGCGCUUCCUGCUAGCCCACAACUACCCUCGUGUGCGCACCUCGGCGGCGUACCUCCUGGUGUCGCUGAUCCCCAGCAACUCUUUCCGUCAGAUGUUCCGCUCCACACGCUCGCUGCACCUGCCCACCCGCGAGCUGCCGCUGUCCCCCGACACCACGGCUGUGCUGCACCAGGUGUACAACCUCUUGUUGGGCCUGCUGGGCCGCGCCAAGCUGUACGUGGAUGCCAGCGUGCAUGGUACCACCAAGCUAGUGCAGUACUUCAGCUUCAUGACGUACUGCCUCAUCUCCAAGACCGAGAAGCUCAUGUUUUCCCUCUACUUCAUGGACCUUUGGAACCUCUUCCAGCCCAAACUGUCUGAGCCGGCCAUCGCCACCAACCACAACAAGCAGGCGCUCCUGUCCUUCUGGUACAACGUGUGCGUGGACUGCAGCGAGAACGUCCGGCUUGUGGUGCAGAACCCGGCCGUCACCAAGAACAUCGCAUUCAACUACAUCCUGGCCGACCACGACGACCAGGAGGUGGUGCUGUUCAACCGCAGCAUGCUGCCUGCCUACUAUGGCAUCCUUCGCAUGUGCUGCGACCAGUCUCCCGCCUUCACACGCCAGCUGGCCUCGCAUCAGAACAUCCAGUGGGCCUUCAAGAACCUUACUCCGCAUGCCAGCCAGUAUCCCAGGGCAGUGGAGGAGCUGUUCAAUCUGAUGCAGUUGUUCGUGGCGCAGCGAUCCGACAUGCAUGAAGAAGAAGUGGAGGACGUCAAGCAGUUCAAGAAGACGACCAUCAGCUGCUACCUCAGAUGCCUGGAUGGACGCUCGUGUUGGACCACCCUCAUCAGUGCCUUCAGGGUCCUGCUGGAGAAUGAGGAGGACCGACUGCUGGUGGUCUUCAACAGAGGACUCAUCCUCAUGACAGAGUCAUUCAACACACUGCACAUGAUGUACCACGAGGCCACUGCCUGCCAUGUCACCGGAGACCUGGUAGAGCUGCUCUCCAUCUUCCUGUCUGUGCUCAAGGCCACCAGGCCUUACCUACAGCGCAAAGAUGUGAAGCAGGCUCUGAUCCAGUGGCAAGAGAGGAUUGACUUUGCCCACAAGCUCCUCACGCUGCUCAACUCGUACAGCCCGCCCGAGCUGCGCAACGCGUGCCUGGACGUGCUGAAGGAACUCCUUCUGCUCAGCCCGCACGACUUCCUGCAUACGCUGGUGCCCUUUCUGCAACACAACCACUUCACGUACCACCACAGCAACAUACCCAUGUCGCUGGGGCCAUACCUACCCUGCCGAGAGAACAUGAAGCUGAUGGGGGCCAAGAGCAACAUCCGCCCACCGAGGCCCGAACUCAACAUGUGCCUGCUGCCGUCCAUGGUGGAGAGCACCAAGGGCAAAGACGAGGUGUACGACCGCAUGCUGUUGGACUACUUUCUGUCGUACCAGCAGUUCAUCCAUCUUCUGUGUCGCGUGGCCAUCAACUGUGAGAAGUUUACAGAGACGCUCGUCAAGCUGAGUGUGCUGAUGGCAUAUGAAGGACUUCCUCUGCACCUCGCCCUCUUCCCCAAACUGUGGACCGAACUGUGCCAGUCGCAGUCACUGCUGUCCAAGACAUGCGUGAAGCUGCUGUGCGACGACGCGGCCUUCAGCGAGUACAUCAAGUGCGUCCUGAUGGACGAGAGGAGCUUCCUCAACAAUAACGCCGCCUAUGCCUUCCUCACGUGCUUCCUGCACAAGGUGCAGGUAUUGUCCGGUGUGAGCUGCUGCGGCCUGCUUGGUGUGUUGGUGGAAAGCGUGCUGAGCCAGCACGGUGGCCUGCAGCCCGAACUCUCAUCCGAUUGGCCGGAACUCGACAAGACCGCCACCCUGCUCAACGCUGACCUUCGGGCUUUGACGUUGUUGCUUUCAGUGCAACCGCCUCAGGCCCUGGACUCCGCCCUGGGCCCCGCCCUCCACGAGCUGAUGGCUCGAUAUCGCCUUUGCGUGCAGCAACGCAACGCGCUGAUGGACGCAUGCCACCGAAAUGACAAUGAGGAGGAGGGCGCCACCCCCAUGAAGCGGCGACGCGUGAGCAGCGACAACGAAGACGAUGAGGCGGCGGCCCUCUGCCUGCCGUCUUGCUCCACAUCUGCCACUGCCGCCCUGCCGCCAUCCUGCGCCACGUCCGCCGCCCUGCCGCCGUGCCCUGACUCGUCCAAGCUGGAGCGGCAGGGGGCGCUGACGCCCACCAGCACCUCCGACACGGAGACGCGAGACUCCUCGUCCCUCAUCGACCCGGGCACCGAGCAGGACCCGCCCUCACCUCCGGAUCCUGCCCCAUCACCUACGGACCCCGCCUCCUCCCCCAGAGGGGACAAUAUGACCGAGGAGGAGGACUCCAAGGCCCCGCCCCUCCCGGAGGAGACCGCCCUGUCGCCGGGCCUGGUGGGUGAGGGGCCGGAGGAUGUGCUCGAUGCCUUGUGCAGGACGCUGGAAGCUGCUGUUGCCCUGGUUGCCAAACUGACUGCUAAAGCGCUGCCCUCCUCGUGACAUCGUUGGUCGCUGUGAGAUUCCCCCCCUUCUUCAUUGCCUUGGAGUCGCACUUUUUUUUUUCUUCAAAGGGGAAAAAAAGUUUUGCUUUUAUACAAAAAGUGAGGGUUUUAUUUGUUUUAUUUGCCGUAAUUUAAUUUUAUUUCAUUUUUAUUGCUCGUCCUCUGUGCCACUUUUUGUACUUUUGUCUACGAUGAGGCAAUGAUGGCAAGCUGAGAGUAAAAGUAAAAAAAGUAAUGAAAAAAAAUUGAAAUUAAAAAAUGGACAAAAUUGUUGCCUUUAGUUGGCGUUUGUGUUGGAAUGAGAACACAAAGCACGUUUACUUGUAAAUGAGAAGAACCACAAGAAAACUUGAUUCUGUCAGGAAUACUUGCCUGAAGGUAUAUAUGAAAACUAUAAAUAUAUAUAGAUAAAUAUCUUUAUAUAUACAUAUUAAGAAAUAUGAAUAUAUAUAUCUAUAUAUAUAUAAAAGGUGCUUUAUUGGACUAUGGUGCAAAUGAAGCCCCCGUGUUGGACCAGUCUGAGCUUUUUCUUUUCUUGACUGCCGACCAUUCCUGGCCGUUCUGCUGUUGAGUUUUAGCUGCUUGUGUUGUCGUUUUUCAUUCAUUUCACACAA